GACAAUGUUGCGUCAAACCUUCUCCAAGGUGGCGUUAUCGAGGUGCUCUCGGGCCUCAUCGGCACCGCGGCGCAUCGUUUUCUCGGUGUUGACCCAAACACAGGGCGCAUUAUUGGUGCCAUUGCUGGUAAUGUCCUCUUCCAGCUUGGUGGAAAGGAUAAUAAACUCUCAGACAUCGGUAAAAUUGUUCUCGACAAUAUCGUUUCCGGAAAAUUCCGCCGAAAGGUAGAUCCGUAUAUUCCGCGAGAGCCACGCCCGGUUCCACGCCCGCCCUCGCCAUCUCGCAGGGCUGAAGCUUUGGACUUCUAUGAGGAACGUGAUCGUUGCUUGCAGUCGAACUCACUGUUCGAAGAUCCUGAAUUUCCAGCUGCUGAUUCCAGUUUGUUCUACAGCAGAAGACCCCCAAAAUAUGUCGAAUGGCUUCGUCCGGGUGAGAUCGUGAAGGAACCAAUGUUGAUUUCGGAAGGACAAACUCGUUUUGAUGUCAUCCAGGGUGAAUUGGGCGAUUGCUGGCUUAUGGCCGGUUCAGCUAGUUUAACUCUCCGUGAUGAACUUUUCUACCGUGUGGUACCACCCGAUCAGAGCUUCACUGAAAACUAUGCAGGAAUUUUCCACUUCCAGUUCUGGCACUACGGUAAUUGGGUGGAUGUUGUCGUCGAUGACAGAUUGCCAACAUCCGGAGGAAAGCUUUUGUAUAUGCACUCCCGUGAAAACAAUGAAUUUUGGAGUGCUCUGAUGGAAAAAGCUUACGCAAAGCUGUAUGGUUCCUACGAAGCACUGAAAGGUGGCACAACAUCUGAAGCACUAGAAGAUAUGACUGGUGGUCUGACUGAAUUUGUCGAUUUGAAACAGCCACCACCAAAUUUGUUGCAAAUGAUGUUCCGUGGCUUCGAAAUGGGCUCACUGUUCGGAUGCAGCAUUGAAGCGUCACCAAUGGAAUUUGAAGCUCGUACACGAGAAGGUUUGGUGAAAGGCCAUGCGUACAGUAUCACUGGCAUGAGACUGGUAAGCCAUGUGCUUCACAUUUGCUGUGUUAUUUGA